AUGAGCACUGCAUCAGCCUCAUUACCCAGUAUUCCCGGCACCAUCACCUCCGCCCUCACAUGGACAUUCCACCGCCUCACCUCCGACGCCUCCACCACCCCCGCCGCCGCAAAGAAGAAGAAGAUGCGGCCCGCCUCGCUCCCACCAGCCCUGACGUCGCCCUCGUCAUCCUCGUUCUCGCCUCCGCCGCUCGCGCCGCUUCAGCUCACCGGCUACGUACCGUCCACAAACUCUCGGCUGCUCUCCCGCGCCCUCGCCGAGGAGAUCCGAUUACUGCUGCCGCCGCGCCUGCAGCUGCAUGAGAACUGGACGCUGGCCUACUCGCUGGAGCAGCAUGGCGUCAGCCUGGCGACCCUCUAUCGCCGCGGUAUGAAGGGGAGCUUUGUCCUCGUGGUUAAGGAUUCUUCUGGCGGGAUCUUUGGCGCCUUCGUCAACGAGCCCUUCCACCCGUCGGGACGCUACUACGGCACCGGCGAGUGCUUCCUGUGGAAGGCGUCGAUACUGCCGACCCGGGCGUCGGCGUCGGGAACGUCGACGCCGGAUAAUACGGACAGGAUUCGGUUCAAGGCGUUUCCGUAUAGCGGUAUCAAUGAUUACAUGAUCCUGUGCGAUAACACGUCGUUAUCAGUGGGCGGAGGUGACGGCAAGUACGGGCUGUGGCUUGACGACAUCUUCGAGAAGGGGGUGUCGCAGAGCUGCAUGACAUUUGGCAACGAGCCGUUAUCGGAUGACGGGGAGAAGUUUGAGGUUAUUGGGGUGGAGCUCUGGCGGAUUGGAUGA